GCCGCCGCCGGCUCCUGUCCUCCUCCGCCAUCGUCUUCAACAUCUGAUCGAUCGAUGGACGCCAGUAGGAUGCUGUCUGAACCUUGCCGCGAUGGCGCGAACCCACGGCGAAGUGCAGCCAUUCCCAUGUCGCGCUUCGGGAAGGCCGUCCUCCUCUGCUUGACCCUCUUCGCCGCAUGGCACCUCUGCUCGGCCCUGUUCACCGCGGCGCCUCCUGGUCCUGGAGCCGACCAUGCGGAAGGCAGCCACGCGUCGUGCCUGCCUCUCGCCAGGGAGGUCGGCGUCCGGGCGGCGGCCGGCACGGGAAGCAACUUCGUCUUCUCGCCGCUGUCCAUCCACGCGGCGCUCGCCAUGGUGGCCGCCGGCGCGCGGGGCGACACGCGCAGGGAGCUCCUGCGGUUCCUUGGGUCAUCGUCGCUCGACGAGCUGCACCACGCGCCGGCGAACGAGCUCGUCGGCAGGCUCAACGGCCUAACGCAGACGUCCUUCGCCUGCGGCGUGUGGGUCGACCGGAGGCACGCGCUCAGGCCAGAGUUCGCGGCCACCGACGCGUCGCGGUACGCCGCCACGGCGGAAUCCGUGGACUUCGUGUCGGGCGCCGAGCAGGCGAGGCAGCGCGUGAACGGCUUCGUGGCGGACGCGACCAAGCAGCUUAUCCGCGACAUCCUCCCUCCCGGCUCCGUCGACUCGUCCACGGCGGUCGUGCUCGCCAAUGCUCUCUACUUCAAAGGAGCGUGGUCUCACCCGUUCGACGUCUUCACCGCGCCGUUCCACGUCCCAGGCGGCACCACCGUGGGCGUGCCGUCCAUGACGACAGGCCGGUCACAGUACAUCGCACUCUACCCGGGCUUCAGGGCCCUAAAGCUGCCCUACAAGAACAACGUCUUGCGUCAAGCUGAUGCAUUCUACAUGCUUAUCCUUCUCCCGGACAGCGGCACUCUCAGUCUCGCCGAUCUCUACAACAAGGCGGUGUCAACGCCGGAGUUCAUCAGGAAGCACACGCCGGUGGAGGAGGUUCCGGUCGGGCGGUUCAUGGUGCCCAGGUUCAAUUUCACGUUCGAGUUCGAGGCGUCGUCCGACAUGCAAAAGCUUGGUGUCACCAGGGCUUUCUCAGGCGGCGACUUCUCAGGCAUGGUGAGCGGCGAGGAUGGCCUCUCCAUCUCCCGGGUGUACCAUAAGGCCACCAUCGAGGUGGACGAGCAAGGCACCGUGGCCGCUGCUGCCACGGUCGUAGUACUCAUGGAAGGUAGUGCGCUUGAGGAAAGGGAACCACCGCAUUUGGUGGAUUUUGUGGCGGAUCGGCCCUUCUUAUUUGCCGUGGUUGAGGAGAAGACCGGCGCCGUAUUGUUCCUUGGUCAUGUGGUCAAUCCUCUCGCAGGCUAACUGAAUACAUAAUGAUUCUGUAAUACAUGUGUAAUCCUUUGGUUGUGGAAUGG